AGAAAGAAAGAAAUUUGGAAAAUCGAAGUGGAAGAAUGGAUGUUGAAGAGGUUGAGUAUGAUAUCUUCAGAGACGACGAAGACGAUCCUGAUGCUCAACAUUCUCUGGAAAAUAAUGAUUCAACCAAAGAAUAUGUCGUUUAUCUCGUCGAUGCUUCACCUAAAAUGUUCACCACUACUUGCCAAUCGGAAAAUCAAGAUGUUGAAACUCACUUCCAGAUAGCCCUAUCUUCUAUCUCUCACUCUCUCAAGUCUCAGAUCAUCAACAAAUCCUAUGACCAAGUUGCCAUAUGCUUCUUUAACACUAGGGAGAAGAACAAUUUACAAGACCUAAAUGCUGUUUAUGUAUUUAAUGUUGCUGCUGAACGAGAAUAUCUAGACAUGCCAAAUGCAAGCUUUAUCAAGCAAUUUGAUCUUCUCCAAGAUACUUUUUCAAAAAACAUUGGAAGCCACCACGGCGUCAUGUCUGGAAGUCGAGAAAAUCCUCUCUAUAAUGCUAUCUGGGUGGCUCAAGCACUUCUUCGUAAAGGGUCAGCAAAGACUGUCGAUAAACGCAUACUUCUGUUCACAAAUGAAGAUGAUCCUUUCGGGUGUGUCAAAGGAGCUAUUAAAUCAGACAUGACAAGAACCACACUGCAGAGAGCUAAAGAUGCACAGGAUCUUGGCAUCACAAUUGAACUUCUUCCCUUGAGUUGCCCUGAUGAAAUGUUCGACUUAUCUAAAUUUUAUGCUGAUUUGAUUGGCUUGGAAGGAGAUGAUCUUCAGUUUAUAUCUCGUAUUUAUAAGAUCUUUGAGAUAUCAUUAUGUACUGAACUAAGGCAACUAGUUUUGUCCUUCAAAGCAGAUAACAUUGUAAAUAAAGAACUAUCUAUAGUAGAUGGUGGUUCUGAUUUGUUAUCUAUUGAACACAUCCAUGUUGUGGAUAGUUAUAAACGUUUUGUUGUUGUAAUUUUGCAUUUCAAUUUCAGAUUGGAGGAUAUGAAAGAUCAGCUAAGAAAGCGCAUUUUUACGAAACGCAGAGUCAAUAAAUUUAAAUUCACAAUAGUUGAUGGAAUAUCAAUAGAACUAAAUUCAUAUGCUUUAAUUCGUCCUACUGUUCCUGGAUCAAUCACAUGGCUUGAUUCCAUUACUAAUCAUCCUUUGAAGAGUGAAAGAACUUUCAUUUGUGCUGAUACCGGUGCAUUGGUGGAAGAACCUACCAGACGGUUUCAUCCGUAUAAAAACCAGAAUAUUAUAUUUUCAAUGAAGGAGCUAUCUGAAAUUAAGAGAGUUGCUACUGGACAUCUACAUCUUUUAGGGUUCAAGCCACUAAGUUGCUUGAGAGAUUAUUACAACUUGAAGCCAUCAACUUUCCUUUAUCCCAGCGAUGAGGGUACAGAUGGUAGCAUGUGUAUCUUCAUCGCCCUUCAUAAGUCCAUGAUACAACUCAAUCGUUUUGCAGUUGCAUUUAGUGGUAGUUCAUCUCGACCUCAAUUGGUUGCCCUUAUUGCGCAGGACGAGGUUAUCCAAUCUGGUUGUCAGAUUGAGCCUCCUGGAAUGCACAUGAUUUAUCUUCCAUAUUCUGAUGACAUCAGACUUGUUGAAGAGCGUUAUUCAGAUACUAGUGGGGUGACUAAAGCAAGUGAUGAUCAAAUAAAAAGGGCAGCUGAUUUAAUUAAGCGUUUGGACUUGAAAGAUUUUUCUGUGUUCCAGUUUACCAACCCUGCCUUGCAGAGACACUAUACAGUAUUGCAGGCAUUAGCUCUGGAAGAAGAUGAGAUUCCAGAAAUCAAAGAUGAAACAUUACCUGACGAAGAAGGUUUAGCCAGACCAGGAGUGGUAAGGGCAUUAGAAGAAUUCAAGACAUCUGUAUACGGGGAGAAUUAUGACGAGGAAAGUGAGCAUGGCACUGGAAAGCCUACUGAAGCCUCCAAGAAACGAAAAGCACAUGCUGAGUUUGCUAUGAAAGAGUGGGGUGAGCUCGCUGAUACUGGAAAGUUGAAGGAUUUGACAGUGGUGGAGUUAAAAUAUUAUCUCACAGGACACAAUCUUCCUGUUACUGGGAAGAAGGAGACUUUAGUUAGCCGAAUAUUAACGCAUAUGGGAAAAUGAGCAUGGAAGGGGCCGACGCUUCCAUUACUGAUUUUGCAACCUCGAUAAGUAGAAUACUCAAUUACUUCCAAGAGUUGUGUAAUUAUCCAUUUUCGUACCUCAACAUGACAGGAGGGACAAUGUUAACAGCAUAUUUUACUGUUAGAUAUGUAUUACGUAAUGUCAUUUUUGUUGUUGAAAUUUACUCAUUAUAAUGCCUGUUAAACCA